AUGGAGGUGGUGGGAGACCUGAGGAUGAUGCUGUCCAGCCAGCUGCCUCUAGGCGACCGCCCCGAGGCAGCAGGCGUCGGCUCGCUGUCCGCUCAGCUUCUCGCCAGCAGGCAGGUGGGCAUCAAGAAACGCCGCAGGGCGGCGUCCUCGGGCACGAAGCUGGCGGUCAUCGAGGAGCCCGACGACCUGGACAGCUGCGACGGGAGCAGCUAUUCUGGCGGGCUGAACGUGAGCAGUGCCGCUGGGGGCGCUGGCGUGGGGGAUCUCAGGGAUUUCGAGGAGGUCCCAGUGGAGGUCCUCGAUCCAGAGGGGCGGACAGCAACGAGCUCCUUUUAG